GUCCAACUAAGCGGUAGCAAUAGCUUCUUCUAGAAUACCGCAUAUGAACAUACCUUACCUCUCAUGAAACAUUAAAAUUACCUUGAAAUAUUCAAACUGUUGAAGAACCAAUACAAAUGUAAUAUUGUAAAUAAAUUUAAAAAUCUUACCGCGAAAUUUUGACAGUGACUGUUAAACAACUUAAUGAUUCAUUUGCAUCUGGAAUAUAUAAAAGGCGAUGAAAGUUGUUCCAAUUAAAAUGUGAAGAAAGCAUCAAAGUCACUAAAUAGUUUAAUUCAACAUAUGAUAAUAGGCUGCGAUGCAAUGGCAUUGCUUCUUAGUGGUGGAAAAUAUAUUGAAAAUACAUAGUUUACGAUGUAUCGAUUCCCAAACCGAAUCGAUGAUCAACUAUCGAUUGUGAAAUCCGUCUUCUCUCAACUCUAAGUUCUGCCUUCCAUUUUACGUCAAAAUAAUAGUUUCAAGUUAUUUUCAUAAACUUUGUGAAUAUAAAAGCACAACCGGAAGACGUUCGAAUACAGACUCAUUUGUUUGUAGUCUUUAAAACUAUAAACGAUGUCUGGGCCUGAGAAUAACGACAACUUGAUACCGCAGGUGGAAUCAGAAACCCUUUGCCAUGACUUGGAUAAUUUAGGGAAUAACGUGGAAAAUGAACUAAAAACAUGCGACUGUAAUCUCAUUGGAGUAGCAGAUGAUAGCGCUUCCAAAAUAAGUUUGAUUUUGCAAAUCGUUAAACAAAUUCCCGAUAAGGAAGCUACUGAAUCUUUACAAAAACCUGUGACAGAUUAUACAGUAAAUGGAAUCAUGGAAGUCAACUGUUUGAAGACUGAGGUUAAAACCAUCGAAACCCCUACAAUCCUUCAAAAUGUUGUCAAUUUUGAGAUCAACACAAAACUUUCUUUAAAAAACAUGGGGUCAACUGAAAAUGAAAGCAAUUAUUCGGAUAUAAGAACGAAUAAUAUGCCCUUAACUGAAGAAGAAUCCCCUAAAGACCAUACAAGUUCCAUAACCGAGAAACCCGUCGAGGAAGCGUUUUCAGCAGAUCAAUGCGAAACAUCUCCAGAGAAGAUUGUAAACUCAGAAACAACUUGUAAUCAGAAUCUGGAAAGUACCAAAGAUAUCAAGGAAUCGGGUAGUGGCUCUGAAUCAAUGCAAAAUCAAUGCGAAAAAUUACCAGAGAAGAUUAUAGACUCGGAAACAAUUUGUACUCACAAUAUGGAAAGUACGAUAUAUAUCAAGGAAUCAGGAAGUACCUCUGAAUCUGUUAAUGAAUUGCUGGAAAAUAAUCAGUGUGAAACAUCUCCAGAGAAGAUUGUAAACUCAGAAAGAACUUGUAAUCACAAUCUGGAAAGUACCAAAGAUAUCAAGGAAUCGGGUAGUGGCUCUGGAUCAAUGCAAAAUCAAUGCGAAACGUUACCAGAGAAGAUUAUAGACUCGGAAACAAUUUGUACUCACAAUAUGGAAAGUACGAUAUAUAUCAAAGAAUCAGGAAGUACCUCUGAAUCUGUAAAUGAAUUGCUGGAAAAUAAUCAGUGUGAAACAUCUCCAGAGAAGAUUGUAAACUCAGAAACAAUUUGUACUCACAAUUUGGAAAGUACCAAAGAUAUCAAGGAAUCGGGUAGUAGCUCUGAGUCUGUUAAUGAAUUGCUGGGAAAUAAAAACAGCGUGGUAUUGGAAUCUGGUGAGUUGUCCCAAGACCCCACCGUGAAUGUGAAACAGGAUCGGGUUCAAGCUGCAAGGGAGUCCCACGAUCUAGAAGACGGCGAAGUAUCCGACGAUGAUGAUGAAGCUACACUCAAAGUGCCAGUCUGUCGGUUUUACGUUCGGAAUGGUUGCAGCUGGGGCAACAACUGCCGCUUCCGUCAUCCCGGGGCAAGUAAAAAGGGAAACUAUGUAAUGUUUGAAAAUAAAGUCCUUCCAGUUGUCAGCACUCCACUUCCUCUUGCUUGGACACCACCUAUGCCACCAGUAUUCCCAUUCAACUUAAACAACGUUAACUCCGAUCGCUACUACUCUCAGGAUCAGCCGGAAGGGUCGAAACGGUCUCCGUUGUUGCCGACGCCAUCGUUUAACGAUAUUUUGUUGGCUCAGAAGAACUAUCGCAAAUUGGGCGAUAUACAGCGAUCUGUUCCCAAUAUGGAAAAGGCAAAACCGAUUGUGUGGCAAAGUCGACCGAACAUCAGUUCUCCCAGCCCCACUACCUCGCAAUGGUCACCACCGCGAACGAGCGUCUCACCACCAAGACAUUCCAAUCAUAUUCGAGUAGAAGUCAGGUCAACAGACACAGCAAAUCCAACCUGUAAGCCCUCCGUCAAGCGUUGCCGUUUGCCAAGUCCUUCACAAUCACCUGUCACCAAAAUUCGCGGACCUCGUACUCCCCCAAGCAGUCCUCCAGUACGUCAGAGUGCUACGAUUCAAACGGCACCAAAAAGACAACGUCUUUAUACUUAUUUAUCAAGUUCCACAGACUCGUCUGAAUCAUAUAACUACACGUCCAGCACCGAAAGCUCAGAGGACAGCUCAUCUUCAUCCGAUUCUGAUAGAGAAUUUAGGAGAAAGAUCUCCCGACGAAUUGAAGAGAAACAACCUUCAAGGGUACCGACUAAGUCAAGUUCAAGGACACCAACCAAAUGUACAUCGAGGCAUGUAGAUAAGUGCUCAUCAGGACGACACGAAACAUCUGUAAUGAAACGAACCUCAAAGCAUACUUCAAAAUCAACGUCCCGGAAAAAUUCGUCAAAAACAAAAAAAAAGUCAUCAAAGAGAAUGCUAGAAGAUUCUUCAAGGUUCCCGUCAAAAACAUCAAGGAAGUCCUUUUACGAAGGAAGUAGUUCCAGCCUAGGUAGAAGGGAGUACUUACUAUUGAAAUUAUUACAAGUCGAGGAGCAAAUCGCUAAAAAGAAGAAGAAAAUGAACAUGAAGGGAUAAAAUAAUUAAUAUA